GGAAAACUUCUUCAAGCUUCUGGAGUGCCAGAUCAAGAACUAUGAUCGGGCUCCAAAGCGAAGAAGGUACGACGACGGCACGAAGGCGCUCUACCUGGGGAUGCACAAGCGAGGCAGGGCGGGCUACAACGCCUUCCCUGGCAUCAAGCCCACCAGGAAGACGCUCCGCGCCGUCACCCUCCCCCUGGACCUCAAGCCGGGACUCAGCCCUGUCCUCUUACAUGCUCUGACCAAGAGGGUCGAGGUGAUGUCCGACAGCGCCAAGGACGUCAUCAUCAUCGUCGAUGAGACCGCGGCGGUGCGUUGGCUCUCUUACGACCAACCCAACGACGAAUUCAUCGGCCUCGUCGACCUGGGAAACGGUCGUAAGUUACCGUGGCCCGCCGAGGAAAUCAUGGUCGCGAUGGUGCGUGGCAUCUUUGGCGACUGGAAGCAGCCCCUCGCCUUCUGGCCAACAUGCAAGAGGUUAACCGGCGUACACUUCAGGGACAUGUUCAAGGAAGUGAUUGAAGCUGUACUCACCGUGGGACUUCGAGUGCGGGCCAUCGGGAUGGACGGCCUGGGGAAGAACUACACGGCUGUAGAACUGCUUGGCGCCAGUCUAGAAGACCCGUGGUUCUUCCUCGGGGGCCAGAAGAUCUACGUCAUCUCUGAUGUUCCGCAUCUCCUCAAGUGCCUCCGGAACGCGCUCCUCAAGUACCCUCUCGAGCUCGGCCACUGAGAGUUCUACCAUCUGCAGGAGAAGCCCACGGUGAGAAAGCAGUACAUCGACGAGUUCGUGCGGUUCGACCUGACGGUGCACCCACAGCUCGCCCCCAAGGUGACCAUGUCCCAUCUGUCGCCGGGGGGCUACGCCAAGCAGAAUGUGGCGCAGGCAAAGCAGCUGUUGAGCAGGCCAGUCGCGACGGGGGUCAUGAUGAUGUCCAUGCUCAACGUCAUGCCCCCGGAAGCGAAGUUCACAGCUGCGUUCUGCGACCGCAUCAGCGACUUGUUCGACUCCCUCAACGGCACGAAGCACGUGGCCAACCCUCCGCCUGGCUUCUACAAGUGUGCCAUCACACUGACGUCAGGACACGAAGAGCUCUGGAGCCAGAUGAACGAAGAGAUCCAGUUUUGGAGGUUCCCUGGAUCUCAAAAUCUGAAGUUCCCAGAGCACUUCCUCCUCACCCUGCGUGCGGUAGCACACUUGUGGGAGGACCUGCAGGCGGAGGGAAGAGCAUACCUGCCUGUGGGGAAUCUAGCAAGCGACGUGAUUGAGAACUUCAAUUCCGUGCUCCGGGACUGCGCCGGGCCGAAGAGGGCCUUCACGGUGAAGGAGUUCCCUGCAAUUUUUUGCUCUGCGCUGGUCAAUCAAUUGACAGCAACAGCAAAGGGCAAAAAUUGCAGGGACGACAACGCCCUGAACCUCCUCCACCUGGAGACGCUGCUCGCAGCCGCCAGGGAGCUUCCCCCUCGGCCUCCACCACCAGUGCUGGACCUGCAAUUCCUCCAGCAAGAAGCUG